UCACUUGUGGGUCAUCCUCAAGGCAAAUAAAAUUCAAUUAAUUAAUUUUUUAUUUAACCCCAGAGAAAAAAAUAAUUUUUUUGUUUCAAGAAAAACUAUUAAAAAACAAUUCGAACUUUCAUUCCCUCGUUUUCAAUCAUUGUUCUAAACAUGAUCUCUCGUCGCUUGGCUAACAUUUCAAAAGUUUCUUGUCGAUUUUUGGCCGAUUCGUCUUCCAAGUCAAAUAGCAACAAAGGAAAACAACUAUCGCGUGAUGACGUGGAGUAUUUGCAAAAUCCCAGUGAGGAAUAUGUGGAUGCGUUCAUGAAAUGGCACGGCAACAGUCGUACUGUAUUCAAGAAAGAUGACAUUGCGCAGUUGCAAGACAGUUUUCCCGAUUACAAAUUCAAAAUGUUCUCUCUGACUGGAACAACCAGACCAAUUAUCACUAUGCACACUUGCAAACAUCACCCGCUUAAUGAGUCCAAGAAACCGUUCGUUUUUAUUGGACUUGGGUGGAUUGACCCAGAGUUUAGAUCUCGUGCAACAGCUAAGUUUUUUGAUAGUUUGGCGACUGAAGAAUUGAAAACCAAAGACGACGAGCUCAUGGCAUGGGGAAACCAAGAAGUUCGUAGAUUCUGGCAUAAACUUAUUGGCAAAAAAGAGCAUGACGACAUUGGACAUCAGGCUAUGGAAGUUGGCUACAAAAGUUUUUACAGUGGCAAAGAUGUAACUGUUCCCGAGAAAUUGGAUGCUAAUGGUAUCACUGUUAAAAAUGCCCGAGAAGUUCCAAAGAAAGAUAUCAUCAAUUAUGAUCAAAGCAUUUAUCCAUACCAUAGAGAAAAGUACAUUAUUUCCCAUAUGCAUGACAAAGAUGGAUUUGGGAAAGUAGCAUAUGAUGAGGAUGGAAAAGUUGUUGGAAUUGGACAAGCUAUAUUUUAUGAUAACAAGAAAGAUUGUAAAGUUGGCCCCAUUUAUGCAGAAGAUCCGAAAGUGGCUCAGGCAAUGUUUACAGAAAUUUUGAAAGAAAUGAAAUGUUCUGGAAAAGAAGUUUCAACUUUUGAGAUGCGUUCCUCCCAGCUGUGCACACACGCUUUGCAUUGGUUUGCUCCUUUUUUGAAAGAGAAGCCGUCUCGUAUUCACAUUUGCAAUCUUACCUAUAAACAUUGUGCGCCUGAAGAUGUUGAUUUUUCGAAAAUCUACGUUCCGGCUCGUGCUCAAAUGUUUAUCGCUUGAACUGACAAUUUUCGUUUCGUUCGGAACUAUAUCAAACUUUUGAAAACAUUUCAUAGUUCGCAAAUUCAGUUUAGUUAUUGAUAUUCAAUAAAUUAGUAU